CGCGCAGCCAAUGAGAGAGAGUCUGGGCGAAAGAGACGUUAAGGUGGCGUAUGUUCAUCAUGCGGGACAGUUUGCUAAAAAACUGCGGUUUUUAGUGUGUUUUCGCUUCUGAUUCGCCGCAGAACAGCGCCGAGAAGACACAGAAACCCGACCCCUCGCGCCUGCACUGUGUUUGGCUGGCUGGGAUGUUUACGUUUUCGUAGCUCGCGCAGCAGCAGCAGCACAGCGAGCCCACAGAGCGAUAGGGGAGAGGAGGCGCGUGCGCGCGUCAGUCAGUCAGGGAGUGAGUGAGUGAAAGCGCGCGCUCGCUCGCUCGUAACCGACACCGCCACGACGGUUUGAAUCGGACCGGAAACCGGAGCGCGUGCUGUUCUGUUCUGUGUUGUUGUUGUUGCCUUUGAAGAAGAGAUCAAAGAAGCGCGCCGUUCCAGCGUUCGGUCCGGCGCUCGCGAGCGGCGCGUGGCGGAGGAGCGCGAGGAGCAAAAGCAGCAGCGCGAGGAGGAGGAGAGGAGAGAGGAGAGUCGUGGAGCGCGAGCCAGCGAGCGAGCGCGCCCGUGGAUGGAUGACCUCCAGCGUCGCGCGGCGCACACCAUGUAUCCGCACGGGAGAGCGCAGGCUCCACUGGUGCCAGGCCAUGCUGGCAUGAAGUUCACAGUGCUGGAGACACUGGACCAUAUCAAAGAGGAGUUCCAGCUGUUCCAGGCCCAGUACCAUAGUCUGAAGCUGGAAUGUGAGAAACUGGCCACUGAGAAGACGGAGAUGCACAGACAUUACAUCAUGUAUUAUGAGAUGUCGUAUGGACUUAAUAUCGAGAUGCAGAAACAGGCGGAGAUUGUAAAGCGGCUCAGCGCUAUAUGCACUCAGAUCAUCCCUCUCCUGUCCCAAGAGCAUCAGCACCAGGUGGCCCAGGCUGUCGAGAGAUCCAAACACGUGAGCAUGGCUGACCUGAACGCCAUCAUCGGGCAACAGCAGCUGCAGCAUCUCUCCCAUCAUACCCCAGGCUUCCCCCUGGCCCCACACCACUCAGGCCUGUCUCUGGGAGCAGGGGGUCUCAUGGCUCUCCCAGCAGCUUUCCCAUUCCCACCACACUUAGCUCCUAAAGAUGACCUCACCCAUCCCGAGUCUGUGGAUCCUAGAGAUGGCGCUGUGAACAGGGGUUUUCCAGACCUGUCUCUGAUGAGUCAGUCUGGGGGUCAGAGGCUUCCUCUGUCUCUAACCUGCCCCCCGGAGGCUGAAGCUGAUAGCAAGAGGAGCAACACGGAGGAGAAAUCCAGCAUUAACACACCCCGAGACAGUGAAGUGGACAAGAAUGAAGACAGUCUGAGGCGGGACAGCACUAAAGAGAAGAGUGUGUCUCCAGCAGGAGCAUCUCCUCGCUCAGCUGAUGGAAACGGUCUGGACGGCUCCCCGGUCCGGCGCAGAAACACGUCCAGAGAAACCCACUCUCCCUCCUCCCCCACGUUCCCCCACCCACACACACCCAGCCACCGCAAGAGCCCCGCCCAGGAGGAGAAGACCCGGUCUCCCUCUCAGUCUCCGUCCCGGGACACUGCGUCUCCGGUCUCUGCUUCUGCACCUCCUCCUCCUCCCCCCUCCUCCCGGCCUCUCUCCUCCCCAGCACGCGCUCCCUCUCCUCCUGUUCAGCACUAGGACCCGCUCCACACUGUGGAGUGAGACGGGUGGGAGACGACGCGCCCCCUCCUCCCCACCCACCCUACCCAGCACACACUGGCUCUGUCCCAGAAUGCAGUGGGCCCGGGGAUCAGGUGCCUGGUCAGGAACUCUGUCUGCGUCUGCGUCUGCCCACUGACUCGCGGAGCCACACCGUGAGCGUUCCAGCAUCUGCGUCCAACACACUGCAGCGCCGCCUCUGAGGCACAGCUUAACAAGCCAACCAAUCAGCUGCACAGUGACUGAAAGAUCUAUCAGCCAAUCAGGCAGCUGGAGAGCUGUGGCGAAGCUGGGUGAUUUGUGGUGAUCAGAUGGGAGUAAAUCCUGUGGAUCUUCUGUAAGCUGAAUGAAAGGAUGGUGCAGACCUGGACUGGGACCCUAUAACUAUUUCAGAGGCUGAACUCAUGUGUGAGCAGAAUCCUAUAGACUGCUGCUGGUGAACUGGAUCAGACUCAAAUGGAUCUUUAGAUAUGGACCAGUUCUACACUCGGUUUGUGUACCAGCACUCUGAACAGACACACUGCAGUGGGCAGUUCUACAGUAAUAACUCACUUCGGCUUUAUUGUUAUUUUUGUAAUCACAUCUUUUUUUUGUUGCUAACAUCAGAAUCCAUCCCUCCCCCGUACCUCACCGUUCCUUCCUUCACUUUUUAUUGACCUUUUCUUUGAUGCACUCCACGUGGUUGCUGGCACUGUUGAGUAAGCAGAAGCAGAACUGUGCUCUCUAUCUGCACUUUACUUUCUCUGUGGACGAGUAAAAUCCAACUGGAGCUUCCGUUGUACCCUUUGAGACAUAAAAAAAAGUUCAUUGAUUUGUUUGUAAGUUAAUAUAACACAAUUUUUAUAUACUGAUAAAUAUAUCAAUACCAAUAUAUCAAUUAGCUACCGUGAUAGCUAAUCACCUUCUGUUCACUACAGAACACACUCAAUUCUGUCUGAAUUAAACUACUUCAUUUAAAUCUUUAAAAUUGGAUACAAUUUUGUAAUGAAUGGACCAAUAAUAAAUUAUCCAGAUCAAUAUUGAAAUUACAUUGUUUUUACUGACGUCCAUUGAAGAUAAACAAGUUUUUUUUCCUUCUGUAAAUUCAAGAUUUUUGCAUUAUAACAGAUUUAUACUACUGAUACAGUUCAGAAAAUAACUACAUCAAGUUUCUGAUCAACACUGUGUCCAGCAGAGAGAGUCUGGUGAUUUUCUUGCUUAAACUCUUUAAAUUAUGUCAAAAUCAUAGUAAAAAAAGUACAGCAUCUCUCCACAUGCUCCAGUUUUCUUCUGUUUUUUUUUUUGUUUUACACAUUUGAUGAAUUUAAUGAAUGUGAGAGUGUAAGAUUACAGUAUAAGACCAGUUUUAUGCAUUUGUUUCACCCUUUCCCUGCUGAUAUUGAUUGAUUCAGUGCUGAUUACUGUACAGUACUGGAUUGAUACCAUCUAUAUGGUUUCCAUCUAUAUGAAUUGGUUUGGUUAAUAGGUGCCAUUAUGUCAUUUACUGGGAUUAUUUCAUUUAAUUACAUUCAUUAAAAGUAAUAUAAAACUCUAAUCUCUCUCAGACUGGAUCAGCUGCUGUCUCCACAAGGGGGCAGCACCAUCAAACCCAGCCAGCACACAGCCAUGCCCUGCCUUUUCUAUUCAUGUGGUUGGUCAUAUGGUGUGUGAUAGUGUUUUCCCUGCUAAUUAGAGUAAACAAUGCUAAUGACAGCAAUUACAGGGAGAUUAUCAAUUAUCCAGCUCAUCAGGAGUUACAUCAGCUACACUGAUCCCACAGAAACUGUUCAGAUAAUCCGAGCUGUGCUUCUUUCAGGACGGGGUGUGAGUCACGUCAUUACAAUUCAACGCGAGCCAGUAUUACAACUACCCAGAUACACAGCAUGAUCCACCAUAAAUAAAUAACAGCACCUCUGGCACUGUGGGAUACAUGACCAAACAGCUGACGUCUGCUGUGUUUUAUGGGCUCUGAAGCCCUGCGGUCUCAUUGUGUUGGUUGCGCACAGUAAAACCCGGCCGUGGACAGGAUGUCAUAUGUCCAUCACUCAGGGGAGGGAGAGCACAAUGCAGUCUGCAGUAAAAAAAAACGCUUUGGGGGGAUUUUUGGAGAACAGGAACCGAGCUCAUUCUGGGGGACGAAAAACAUCCACACCCAUCUGACUGAACGAGCCAGAAACAGAUAAGCUCUAUUUGAUUAAAGAGGCAAAUUUCCAACCGUGCUCAUGUUUUUAACCCUCCUGUUAUGUUCAGCUGCAAGAAACAGCAAUAAUAAGCCUGGAUAAAAUAAUAAUCGCCCUUUUAAAAUCUCAAUAUUCAGCUCUGAAAAAAAAUAAGAGACCACUUAAAAAUGAUAAGUUUCUUUGAUUUUACCAAAUUGACCAAAUAGAAAACCUCUGGAAUAUAAUCAAGAGGAAGCUGGAUGAUCACAAGCCAAUAAAACCAAGCUGAACUGCUUACAUUUGUGCAUCCUGAGUGGCAUAAAGUUAUCCAAAAGCAGUAUGUAAGACUGGUGGAGCAGAUCAUGAUGCCAAGAUGCAUGAAAACCAGGGUUAUUCCACCAAAUAUUGACUCUUAAAUCUUUAUGAAUAUGAACUUGUUUUCUUUGCAUUAUUUGUGGUCUGAAAGCUCUACAUCUGUUUUUGUUAGUUCAGCCAUUUCUCAUUUUAUGCAAAUAAUAGUAUGCUGUAAAUUAUAAUAUUUCUUCAAUUUGUCAUUAAACAGCAACAUAUGCUUUUCCUUUCCUUUAUUUAUUGUUGGGAAAAUCAGCACUACCCUCAACUGCUCCAGUGCGUUCCCCUUGAUUCUUUUGAUGGAAGCCAGAAGUAGAGUUGAUAGAGAGACAGGAUACUUAGAUCUUCAGCAAAUUAGCAAUUUAUUACAACAGAGCUCUGGGAACCCCUUCCACUCAGACAGAGUUUCAGUAGAAGAAGUUCCAUGAUCCUUACAUUUGCAAGACCUUAUAUCCCCAAAAUCCCCCCCAUACAUACUGUGCAAAGGUCAGUUAAGCGGUUCCUCAGCAACUGUUUCUAACUGAUUAAGUUAAAUCAUUUAUUGAUUACUACUGUUUUCUAUGUGUCCUCCGGCCUCAUCUCUGCUGCUUAGGCGCUGACUUCUGCAUUACAUGCUACAUACUGGACAUUCAGUUUUGAGGUGUCAGCCUAACUGUCCUUUGCACACUCACCCACAUACACAGUUCAGGUCAAAUAUCCAGAAACAUCUCACUAGUUUCAGACACUUGAGUCAGCCCAAACAAGAUCACUCACAUGACACUUCAUUCUCUUAAUCAUAAUCAGGUUUUUGGAUUAAAUGUCAUUUUGUCUGAUCAGCUGAAAAAUACCUUUAAUAUUAAUAUUUACUGUUUCUUAACAUUAUGCACAAUAAUUUGUAUUGACAGUUAUUUAAAUGUUAACAUGUCAUAAAAAGAUCCUUAAGAAUCCUAAAAGGAUUGCUCCACCAUCAAAAUCAUUAAUCAUCUUGAAAAUCUCAAAACAACUCCUACCCCCUAAUUUUACUGGAUGACGUCAUGUCUUGUCAUAUUAUAUUUAAAAAUUAACACUGUGAAAAUUAAAGGGAUGGUAUAAUAACCAAAAAGUGGUAUGUUGCCUGAGGGCAAGACCAUGCCAUAAAGGGUUAUAUUUCGUCUUCAAAAAAGUCCUGACAAAAAUGUGUCAGAUGUAGAUUAAUUAUGUGUUUUUAAACUGCAGGAUUGUUCACAGCUCUGCUUUUUUAAUAUGGGAUCCUAAUGUAAUCAUAAAUAAAUUAAAUCUCAAAUAGCACUGCACAAUAUAUAACUUCAACAUCACAGGAUGUGCAAUGUCAAAUACAAUGUUUUAAAGCUUUUUACUUUAUUUAAUACAGAAUUAUUAAUAAUUAUAACAUGUUCAACUCUAUUUUUAGUAGCGUAGUAUACAGUAUAUCACAAUGUCAGUUGUUUUCCAUGUUAAUUUGAACAGGAAACUUCAUUCAAAAAUCCCCUUAAAAUAGAAGCCAGUGAUCAGAUUAUUUGUGGUGAGAAUAAUUGUCUACAGUAAUAAACCAUAAAAAGCAGAUAGAGAUCAAAUUCCUUUAACAGAUAAAAGUGAAAGUCCUCAGGUCCUCAUGUGACAAAGCCGAGUCUUUUUCAGUUUAUUUUCACCUUCACUCGUUUCACUGUAAACUCUUGUCUGUUCUGUACCAGCAAUAAACUGUAACCAGCGAG